AUGGCCGACGCACCCCUCAACCGCUCCACGGACGUCACCUGGUACGACCAGGAGCUCGGUGACCUCCAGCCAGCCGCCCUCGAAGUCCUCCAGCGAUACAGCAACAUCCCUCCCGACCACGUCCGUGAGCAUGUCCACGCCAUCCGCGACAAAGCCUGGGCCAUCUGGCCCUACCCUUGCAUCGGCGGCUUCCGCUUCCUCGACCUCAACCUCCCCACCAUGCCGCAGUACCCCGAGAUCCUCUCGCGCCUCCACCCCCCCAACAACCACACCCUCCUCGACCUCGGCUGCUGCUUCGGCCAAGAACUGCGCCGCCUCAUCCUCGACGGCGCCCCGGCCACGCACCUCCACGGCUGCGACCUGCGCCCGGAAUUCCUCGAACUGGGCUACGACCUCUUCCUCGACCGCGCCACCUGCCCAGCCCACUUCUUCCCCGCCGACAUCUUCCACCCGACGACCCGCGCCCUCGACGCCCUCGCCGGCCGCAUCAACAUCGUCAACGCCUCCUCCCUCUUCCACCUCUUCCCGCGGCCCGACCAACUCCGCCUCGCCACCCGCCUCGUCGCCCUCCUCGCCCCGCGCCCGGGUUCCAUGGUGCUGGGGCGGCAGGUCGCCAACCUCACCGCCGGCCAUUACCCCGACCGCACCCACGACGGCGGGGUGGUGUACCGGCACAACGAACGCAGCUGGCAGGCGCUGUGGGACGAAGUCGGCGCCGCCACGGGGACGCGGUGGCAUGCGUGGUCCGAGCUGUGGUUGCCGCCGCGCUACAAGAACACGUUGUGUGGCGAGGAUGGGAAGCGGCAGAGUCGCUUUUGCGUGACACGCUUGUGA